AUGUCCUUCUUUGGGUUAGAAAAUAGCGGUAAUGCGCGGGAUGGUCCUCUGGACUUUGAAGAGAGUUACAAGGGCUAUGGCGAGCACGAACUUGAGGAGAACGACUAUUUGAACGACGAAACAUUUGGUGAUAAUGUUCAGGUUGGUACCGACUUUGAUUUUGGAAAUCCUCACAGCAGCGGCAGCAGCGGCAACGCAAUUGGUGGUAAUGGCGUCGGUGCCACGGCUAGAUCAUAUGUUGCAGCUACUGCAGAAGGAAUUAGCGGCCCUAGGACCGAUGGAACGGCAGCAGCAGGACCUCUAGACCUGAAGCCAAUGGAAUCUUUGUGGUCUACUGCACCACCUCCAGCAAUGGCGCCUUCACCCCAAAGUACAAUGGCUCCGGCUCCUGCUCCGCAGCAAAUGGCCCCCCUACAGCCAAUCUUGUCGAUGCAAGACUUGGAAAGACAACAACGUCAAAUGCAGCAACAGUUUAUGAAUUUCCACGCCAUGGGUCAUCCACAGGGUCUCCCACAGGGUCCGCCUCAGCAGCAAUUUCCAAUGCAGCCUGCGUCGGGUCAACCAGGUCCCUCACAAUUUGCGCCUCCACCUCCACCUCCUGGCGUUAAUGUGAAUAUGAAUCAAAUGCCAAUGGGUCCUGUACAAGUUCCAGUUCAAGCUUCGCCUUCACCCAUCGGUAUGUCCAACACUCCUUCUCCAGGCCCUGUGGUUGGCGCAACUAAAAUGCCUCUGCAAAGUGGACGCAGAUCGAAGAGAGAUUUGUCGCCUGAAGAGCAAAGACGUUUGCAGAUUCGUCAUGCCAAAGUGGAGAAAAUCUUGAAAUACUCAGGUUUAAUGACUCCUCGUGAUAAGGACUUCAUCACCAGAUAUCAGUUGUCUCAAAUUGUCACUGAGGACCCUUACAAUGAGGAUUUCUACUUCCAGGUCUACAAGAUUAUCCAAAGAGGCGGUAUCACGUCCGAAUCCAACAAAGGUUUGAUUGCUAGGGCGUAUUUGGAACAUUCUGGACACAGACUCGGUGGUCGCUAUAAGAGAACCGAUAUUGCCCUACAGAGAAUGCAAAGUCAAGUAGAAAAGGCUGUCACUGUGGCUAAGGAAAGACCUUCUAAGUUGAAGGAUCAACAAGCGGCUGCUGGUAACUCUAGCCAGGAUAAUAAGCAAGCAAACACGGUUCUGGGCAAAAUCUCUUCCACUUUGAACAGCAAGAAUCCAAGAAGACAACUGCAGAUCCCCAGACAACAGCCUUCUGACCCCGAUGCGCUAAAAGACGUCACUGACUCUCUGACCAACGUGGACUUGGCCUCUUCAGGGUCCUCCUCUACGGGCUCUUCUGCCGCUGCUGUUGCUUCUAAGCAAAGAAGAAGAUCUUCAUACGCGUUCAACAACGGUAAUGGUGCCACAAAUUUGAACAAAUCUGGGGGCAAAAAAUUCAUUCUUGAGUUAAUUGAAACAGUUUAUGAAGAGAUUUUAGACUUGGAAGCUAACUUGAGGAAUGGCCAGCAAACUGACAGCACUGCAAUGUGGGAGGCCCUUCACAUCGACGACAGUUCAUAUGACGUAAACCCUUUCAUUUCGAUGCUAUCAUUUGAUAAAGGUAUCAAGAUUAUGCCUAGAAUUUUUAAUUUCUUGGAUAAGCAGCAAAAAUUGAAAAUCCUGCAAAAAAUCUUCAAUGAAUUAUCACACUUGCAAAUCAUCAUAUUGAGUUCCUACAAGACUACACCAAAACCAACUUUGACACAAUUGAAGAAAGUCGAUCUGUUCCAAAUGAUCAUAUUAAAGAUCAUUGUCUCGUUUUUGUCUAAUAACUCCAAUUUUAUCGAAAUUAUGGGUCUGUUGCUACAGUUAAUCAGAAACAACAACGUUUCGUUCUUGACCACCUCCAAAAUUGGUCUAAAUUUGAUCACCAUUUUGAUUUCUCGUGCCGCAUUAAUCAAGCAAGAUUCAUCAAGAUCUAAUAUUCUUUCCUCUCCUGAAAUCUCCACAUGGAAUGAGAUUUAUGAUAAAUUAUUCACUUCAUUGGAAAGUAAGAUUCAGCUGAUUUUCCCUCCAAGGGAAUAUAACGACCACAUCAUGCGUUUACAAAAUGACAAGUUUAUGGAUGAAGCAUACAUUUGGCAGUUCCUAGCUAGUUUAGCACUAAGUGGAAAGCUAAACCACCAGAGAAUCAUUAUUGAUGAAGUACGUGAUGAAAUCUUUGCCACUAUUAACGAGGCGGAGACCUUACAAAAGAAAGAGAAAGAAUUGAGUGUAUUACCUCAGAGGUCUCAAGAAUUAGACACAGAGUUAAAAUCUAUUAUUUAUAAUAAAGAGAAACUAUACCAAGAUUUGAAUUUGUUCCUAAACGUUAUGGGGUUGGUGUAUCGCGAUGGUGAAAUAUCAGAACUAAAGUAA